CCAAUGGCCCCCACAACAUCACCAGAUGCUUGGGUGCCUAGAGCGAACUGGUAAUGAUGCUGAUGGAGUGGCACGGGUCGGAACACUUUUUACGUCGCGACAACAUCUUUGGACCCCACCUGCCAAUAAAGCAGGAUGAGAAGGGUGUAGUUGGGCGUUUACGUUGUCGCAUAGCCGCUCUGUGCGCCCAUGUGCUCAGCUCGUUUGCUUGAUCAUAAGUGUAGCGAAGCCGUCAACUCGAAGUGAGGUCGGGCCUUUUGCAAUCACUUUCAGCCUACGGCAACCCCAUUUUGAAGAAUGGCGAACAGUCCAACCGAUUCGCUUGGUGUCAACGAGCUGCCGCCUCCCCCAAAACAGCAGCGCUCGCGCUCAAGCGGCUACGUUGACACUCUUGCAGAGCAAGCAGAAUGGGACAGAUACGACCGAGAACGCCAAAUGAAGCGUUACCGAGAAGGCUCGCGACUCAAUCCCACGGUCCAUCAUCGCGGUCGAUCUGACCGUCUCUGCGUGCCUAUCUUCGAGACGGGCAAGCGACCUCGCUCAAACGAGAGAUCUGAGCAACAGUGCAACGAGUUUGCGCGGAAUUUCAAGAUAGAGGAGGUCCGUCCAAGUCCGGAACCGGUAUGCAACUAUGAUCUUAACACUGAACCGGUUUUGCCAAGCCAGCUGCCCACGAAGUAUGAGUGGAAACCGCAGCAACAGUCGCAAGGAAAGCCGAAGAUCAAGGUGCAGAUCCAUCAAGAUACUCCGACUACCUUUAUGGUGCCAUCUACAUGCACCCCAAAGCGCAGCCCAAGUGCGAGUCCGAAUUCACCUACUGCACAUCCAGAGUUGCAAUUUCAGUUUUCGAUGUUGCAGGCGAAGCUUCUUCAGAUAGAGACCACAUGUCUGCCUUACAGAGACAUCAUGCCAGCGGAUCCGCGCGAUUUGACCUUCGAGAAGAUUAUCGAUCGCGUGGAUGGCUUUGCGUUUGACCUGCACGUGUGGAGCCAGGUAGCAAAUCUUGAUGGGCUUGCGAUGGUCGAAAAGAGUAGGAGGAACGUUGCGGACGCCGCAUCACGCAACUUGAGUCGAUUAAUCGAGCGAGUCUCUGACUUGCAUGUGGCAUGUGCUACAGCCAAACCCAAGGAUCUGAAAUUGCCUCCACUGCCUGCAGUCGGCGACGAUGAGGGCGAAUGCGGUUCGUACGAGGAUGACGAUGGCGAUGGUGAACUUGACGAUCCCACAGAAGCUCCAGGUUUUGUCAUACAUACAUUGCUCCACAGCAUUGAAGUACAGAUCCAGACACUGAAACGGCUGACCCGAUCAUUGCAGGAAGCAACUCCAGGCGCGAGGGAGGAGGUGAUCAGUGUUGCGAGACUUGUCGAAGAGACAUCGCAGUUCUUUGGCUCAGAUACUGCUCUAAAGCAUCACUCAAUCGACCCAAGGUUCGCAGGUCGAAAGGCACUAGACGAAGCACGGGCUUGUGCCGUGUAGUGCGUAUGUGAGGGGAGUCCGUAUAACAUGAUCUGUACAACAGUGUUGUGGUGGGUGGACGUUGAUCCAAGGGCUGAGCUAAGUCUCGAUGUUUGGGUCCC